GAUGAUGAUCAGGAAAUGGAAAAUGGACCGGACAAUGACGCGAGUAGGUCAUCAUUCGAUGAUUCAAACAUAGGGUCACCGUUCUGUGAUGUGAACAUCAGGUUACGAGUCAAUGAUGAGAACAACAAAUCACCAGUCUAUGAUUUGAACAUCGUCUCACCAGUCUAUGAUGUGAACAACAGCUCACCAGUCUAUGAUUCGAACAUCAGGUCACUAGUCUAUGUUGCGAACAACACGUCAUCAAAUAAUGAUGCGAACAACAGGUCACAUAGACGUUUAAUAAAUAUUGGAGGUAGAAUUCGCAGUCUAUCUAAAGUACAGUCAUGCAGCACACUAAGUGUCAGCAAGUGUACACCCGAUUUGGCAGAUAUUGUGUUCGACAGAAAAGAACUUGCUUCUAGUACCUUAACAGAAAAAUCAUGCAAUGCGAAACGUAAUAGGAACUGUGUUCAAUUACCUAAACUCGACGAAAAAUGUGUCGAUGCGAUGUUCAAAAUCACAACGUCAAAAUUCGGAUCAACUGCUAAAGAUGUAAAGAAGCUGUUCAGAAUUGCUUUAAGAGAAAAAAUUAGCAACGCGAGGGAGAGAAAGAGACACCCCUUGCAAGUUGCUCAAAACGAACUAUAAAACAAAAAUUAAUUAUGU